GUAUGUUCCAUGACAGUAACAAUAAGCAGUAAGAGGAGUCUUCAAGGUUGGGAUCAGAUGAGUACAAGGUAGCACUUCAGACUGUCAGCAUUACUGUCAGACACACAGAACCAGUUCGACACAGAGAGGAGGCUGAUGGUGCAACCACAGUUUUAUGAAGGAAUGAUGCUGACCCUGCCUGGCUGUAUCUGGAGUAUUCUCCUACUGCUCCACACAGCAGACUGCGUUACUCAUAAGGUCAUUACUCCAGUUCAUCAAAUCACUGCUGUGGCUGGUGAAAGUGUAGUCCUGCCGUGCUACGUCGACCCCAGCAUCAGUGCUGAGGGCUGGACGGUGGAGUGGUUCAAUCUCAACCUCUCAGAACGUAGUAUCUAUCUUUAUGAAGACGGCAAAGAAAACUGUGAAGCUCAGAAUCCCUCCUUCAGGACAAGAACAGCUCUGUUUAAAGAAGAACUGAAGACAGGCAACACCUCCUUGAAGCUGGUCGGGGUUAGAGCCACUGAUGAAGGAACUUACAAAUGUUUUGUUAGGUCACCUACCUCGAAAUGGUAUGAUGAUUCAAACAUCACAGUCAGUGUUAAAGCUGUAGGAUCUCAGCCAGUGGUCUCCAUCGAGGGACACAGAGGGGCAGGGAUGGGUCUGGUGUGUGAGACACGAGGCUGGUACCCUGAACCAGAGGUGGUGUGGCUGGACAGUAAAGGAGACUCUCUCUCUGCUGAUCCUCCAGAGAUGACCAGAGACUCUGUGGGACGCUACACACUCAAACUGAGGGUCACUGUUCAGAAGGCACAUAGAAACCUCUUUAACUGUAGAGUGAAACAGAAAUACAUAAAGAGAGAUGAGACGGCAAGGAUUCAUGUUCCUGAUGCGCUGUUUUAUGAAGAUCACACAUGGAAAUGGAUCCUGGCUGCAGUGAUCGCCGUUGUCUCUGUCUUAGCAUCAGCUGUGGUCAUCAGUAUCCUGGUGAUGAGACAUAGAAAUAAAAAUACAAUCAUUAAGGAAAAGGAUAAAAUCAUUAAGGAGAAGACAUCGAUCAUUCAUGAGAAAGGUCUGCUCACUUAUCAUCAGGAAACCCUUUCAAGACAGCUGGAUCUGGUAAACACAAGACGGUACCAAGAUUGUGAAGCCGUCAGACAUCAUGCAGUGGAUGUGACUCUUGACCCUGAUACUGCACAUCCCAGACUCAUCCUGUCUGCUGAUGGGAAACAAGUGAGUUGUGGAGUUGAACAACAGAAUCUUCCUGAGACCCCAAAGAGGUAUGACACGCGUCUUGAUGUUCUUGGAACACAGGGCUUCUCCUCAGGCAGGUUCUACUAUGAGGUGCAGGUCAAUAAGACUGAGUGGCAUUUAGGAGUAGCUAAAGAGUCCUGCAAGAGGAAGGGGGAUUUUUAUUUGAGACCGAGACAUGGAUACUGGACUAUUACACUGAGGGAAGGUGGUAAAUACCUGGCUCUGACUGACAUCCAUGUCCACCUCCACCUGAGCCAGAAGCCCCAGAAGGUGGGGGUGUUUGUGGACUAUGAGGAGGGCAUGGUGUCCUUCUACAAUGUGGAGACCAAGGGUCAUAUCUUCUCUUUCACUGACUGUGCGUUCACUGAGAAACUUCAUCCAUUCUUCAGCCCUGCUCCUCCUUGUGUCUCUGGUGAGAAUGAUCCUCUGGUCAUCUGUCCUGUAGACAAUGUUAAACCUGUUAAACCUGAGUCCCCUCACCUGUCUCCCCUCACAUAUGAAUCUGAUUCAGCUCACCAGCCAUUGCUGGAUCAAGGUCAGCAGUCAUUACUGAAUCAAGGUCAGCAAUCUGAAUCAAGUGAGGAAAUAAACAAGUCAGUGUCUUUCCUGGAGCAGUCGGCUAUAUAUGAAGUGUGAUGUUUGUUAGAGCUUGUUAGCAGGAGAGUGUAUUAGUAAAUACAUGAAUGUAAAGACCACGGUCUCUACUGGUGUUUGCAUCACAGACCUCUAUCCUGUCCAAACCAUCCACGUGUUUUAUAUACAUGGUUUCAUUCAUUUCAUUUAUGGAGGAUCAAUGUUACAUUUCUGUUGAUAAAUGUAUAGUGUUUGUUUUUCCACUUAAUUUUUUGGUCAUUUUCUAACAGCUCCCAUACAGUAUUGUAUAGAUCAUGUACAGUACUGUAUGGAUCAUGUGCAGUACUGUAUGGAUCAUGUACAGUACUGCGUGGAUCAUGUGCAGUACUGCAUGGAUCAUGUACAGUACUGCGUGGAUCAUGUGCAGUACUGCGUGGAUCAUGUACAGUACUGCGUGGAUCAUGUGCAGUACUGCAUGGAUCAUGUGCAGUACUGCAUGGAUCACGUACUGUAUUGUAUAGAUCAUGUACAAUUUAUCUUUUUUUGUUUUUUGGGGGAUUUUUUUUUCUCCAAAAGGUUUACUAAAUAUUCUAUAUUUUUUAAAGUUUGGGGGGAGAAAAAGAUUCAAAAGGUAUAUAUUCAUAGUUUCCAAAAAACUGUACUCUGCCCGGCUUCUUUGUACCACGUGUGUAAAAAAAAGUUUAGAAAGGUUGACAAAAUCAGUUUGAAUAAAAGGUUUUCUUAAAGAAGAAAAAAACUGAAACUUUGUGUCGUGUGUGAAAAAAAAGUUUAAAGGUUGAAAAAAUAUUUGCGAAAAAAGUUUACAAAAAAAGUUUCACUAAUAUGUUUCUAAAG